GUAGACUAAGCACCCACAAAAUAAAAAGUUUACAAAAACAAGAACAAGAAAACCAGAGAGGUAGAGGGAACAUCCAAAGAUAAAGACGGCUUUUUUAGAGCGUUGCUUUGCUUGCGAAGUAGGCUUUGUUUUCUCUAAUCCAAUGCCAUUCUCCCAAACCCCAUAACACGACGAGAAAUAACAGAAAAACAAAGCCCUUUCUUUUUUUUUUUUGGCUAACCCCUAUACAAGAAAAAAAAAUUGUUCAUUUAAUUAUUACUAUUUUUUUUUUUUUUUCCUUCGUUGUUGUCUCAGUCUCUUUCCUUUUGUGUUCCGAUCGGAUCUGAAACUCUUCAGCGGGAACCAAAAGAAGCUUACACGCUCAACCCCAAAGUUCUUUCACUUUUCCCUGUGAACUUUUUAUUUUAUUUUUAUUUUUUUACUUUCUGGGUUUUCAAUAUUCUCACCUGCCAUGAAAGAUUGCUUGCUCUGCGGCAUUGUUUUAUCUCAACUCUUAUAAGUGUGCAUGUCCCGUUUCUCCCAUGGAGUCACUUUCUCAUGGUGCUGAUUCUUCAUUGAAGAUUCAGAAUUCAGCAUCUGUAAUAGACAACAACCCUCCUUCCACAAGUGGGACUCAUCAUCCUUCUCGGGCUCCAUCUCCUAAACAAUCUAGAAAUGAAGGGGAUUCUUCCACAUUCUAUGCGACAAUCCAGAGUAAUGUUACAAAAACAGUUUGCAGCUCGAAUGGUUCUGUAAUUAAUCAGAUAAGUUCCUACAAAGUAGCUGAUAACAAUAUGCUGCACAAAGAAUUACCCAAUAUGGCUAAAUACUCCAACAAUGCAUGUAAGGGGAAGUCUGAAUUUGGAGGCCAGAAAAAUGUUCUUAAUAACUCAGAAGAACCUCAGAAGAGUGUCUCCACAGUGGAAAGGAAAUCUUGCAUCAAGUAUCCCGUUGAUGAUUUGAAGAAGUGUGAUCCAAGUGGCUUGCAGGAAUCUGAACCAUUUGCAUCAGGAGCAUGUAAAGGAAGUUCUGGGCAAAUAAAUUGCCAAUCAACAUCUCAAUCGGUGGUAACUUUUUGUCCAAGUCCUCAGAACAGUUUAUACUCAGCCACUCUGUAUUCAGAAGCCAAAGAAAGUUUCACCAACACAGAAGUCAGUGAAUAUGCAAGUAGUGUUGAGAAGUCUGGUGAAAGCGGCGAAGUGACCAAUUCUUGUGAGUUCAUUGAGAGUAGGAAGACUAGCAUCUGUAGAGGUAGCACUGGCAGCGAUUUAAGUGACGAAAGCAGUUCCAGCAGUUUGAGCAGUGCCAUGUACAAGCCCCACAAGGCAAAUGAUAUAAGAUGGGAAGCAAUUCAAGCAAUCCGAUCUCGAGAUGGGAUGCUGGGGUUGAAUCAUUUCAAGUUGUUAAGAAGACUUGGAUGUGGAGAUAUAGGAAGUGUUUAUUUAUCUGAGCUGAAUAGCACAAGAACUCAUUUUGCCAUGAAGGUUAUGGAUAAAGCAGCUCUGGCAAGUCGUAAAAAACUUCUGAGGGCUCAGACAGAAAGAGAGAUACUGCAAUCUCUGGAUCAUCCAUUCUUACCCACAUUAUAUACGCAUUUUGAAACAGAAAAAUUUUCUUGCUUGGUGAUGGAGUUUUGUCCCGGUGGUGAUUUGCAUGCACUAAGGCAAAGACAACCUGGGAAGUAUUUUCCAGAGCAUGCUGCCCGGUUUUAUGUGGCUGAAGUUCUCCUUGCUUUGGAGUAUUUGCACAUGCUUGGUAUUAUUUACAGAGAUCUUAAACCAGAGAAUGUUUUAGUGAGGGAAGAUGGGCAUAUUAUGCUUUCAGAUUUUGAUCUCUCUCUAAGAUGUGCCGUAUCCCCUACUCUAGUAAGAUCAUCAAACUCAGCCUUGGAGACAAAGAACUCAGCAUACUGUGCUCAGCCUGCAUGCAUUGAGCCAACUUGUGUGAUGCAGCCAGAUUGCAUCACACCUGCAUGCUUUGCACCACGCUUCUUUUCAAGUAAACCAAAGAAAGAAAAGAAGACCAAACCAAAGAAUGAAAUAUGUCAUCAAGUGACCCCUCUUCCCGAGCUUAUUGCCGAACCCACAAGCGCUCGAUCGAUGUCUUUUGUUGGGACACAUGAAUACUUGGCACCCGAGAUCAUUAAAGGUGAAGGCCAUGGCAGUGCUGUGGAUUGGUGGACAUUUGGGAUCUUUCUCUAUGAGCUUUUGUUUGGUAAAACUCCAUUCAAAGGAGCCGGGAAUCGUGCUACUCUGUUCAAUGUGGUUGGUCAGCCUUUAAGAUUUCCAGAGUCCCCGACAGUGAGCUUUGCUGCAAGGGACUUGAUCAGAGGUUUACUUGUGAAAGAGCCACAGCAUCGCCUUGCUUAUAGGCGAGGUGCUACAGAAGUGAAACAGCAUCCAUUCUUUCAGAGUGUGAACUGGGCGCUAAUUCGCUGUACAAAUCCGCCGGAGGUGCCUAGACAAUACAUGAUGGAUAUCCCGAGAACAGAUGCUGCAAAACAACCCGUAAAUGGUAAAGUUCCUGGUGUCGAUGUGAAGCCUUCUGGUAAUUAUUUAGAGAUCGAUUUCUUCUAAUUCUUAUCUUCAAUUUUCUUUUUGUUAUUUUUUUUUUCUUAUGAGACCAGUCCCCACCAUUCCUCAAUUCAUGUAGUUACCCCAAUUGUUCUUUAUUUCCAUUGCAAAAGAGGGAUACACAAUGCACAUGUAAAACACUCCUUGAAUCCGUGGCCAUUGAGUAAAAUGCAAAUGCAAGUGCAAUCUGAAAAUGAGGAAUAAAAUUGUUUCUGUUGAGUUUUC